AUGUCUACCGAGCACCAACUCCGUGUACAAUUCUUCUCGAUUUUCUUCAUAGUUGCUCUCAUUUACCAAGACACUGAAGGUAUGAACGACAGCUAAAUUGAUGUUUUUAUGUUAUUGAAGAACUGUUUUAUAAAAACAUGCUCGUAAAAUCUUGAUUUAGUGAUGAAGAAGUGUAAGAUACAAGAAGGCUUUGACUUCACGAAGGAUGAAGCAUUGUUCACAAGUAGUUACUUCUUAAUUACUGAACACAGUACCUUUAUGGGUAAAAAAUGUCGAAUAGUUGCACAAUGGUACUUAAUAGUUUUUCUUGUGUGUACUACAGGAGUCAGCUUCAAAGCAGGAAAAUUCAAUGUGACCACAACUUUGAGUCUGUUUGCCUGUAAGAAUGUUUCUUUUGAGGAGCCUUUUAACGGUGGACAAGAAAUCAAAAUCUUCAUUUCUAAAAGCCAUGCAACGAAAAGUUCUACUCGUGGAAAUGGCGCAGCAAUUUGGGUGGAAUCUGUGAAUAACAAGGCAUUUACUGUCUGUAUUUUGGAGUACGGAGAUGGCUCAAGUGGCACUUCGCAAGUGAACUGGAUGGCGCUGCAAUCUGUACCUACUGACGCUCAACUAGGCACAGCAUCUUUAAACUCCUGGACUACGGGGACAAAGUGUAAAAGGAUCGCUUUUGAAAAGGUUUGAUUUGUUCAGUUCAUCGUUCUUUUAAUUUCGUUUUGUUUGCCUCCUGUGAAAAAAAAAAAUACUUUUAGCCUUUUUUGCUUUACACACUCAUUAUUUCAUAUGUCUGCUCAUAAAAAGUGCUAGAGUCAUGAGUUUCACCAUUUUUGACAACGUUGUUGUUGCUGCUAUUUCAGCCCGGAAGAUGUUACAGGUUUUCUUAGUAUUACCCUGUUAUCAAUCAUCUUACAGUUUUCUGUGUUUGUCAUAUUUUGUUGAAGAGAUGAAAAGUUUGAUUGAUUGACUGGGAUAGCUCAACAAAAUAAUGUUAAUAUUAUUGGGUAUGGCACCACUGGGAAACCGUGACGUCAUUAAUUUGGCUGCCAUAUUGCUUGCCAUCUUUUUUUGCUCAAAGUUGUCUUAAUGGCAUAAAAAGUGAGAAUUAGGUUUGAAGUAUGAUAUAAUUAAAUAUGAUUAUAUAUGUACUUUUCUUGCAAAGAAAGUAACGCGCAUUUUUCCUAGAAGUCGCUUAGCCUUAUGCUAUUUAUGACGUCUUAUCUUGCUACCAUAGCAAACUUCCAUCACCAAAUGUUAGCGGAAUGUUGCUAAGGAAUGAAAUGAGCAGUUACUGGAAAGGAAAGCUUUAGGCUCAAAAUCUGUUUUUGAAAAUAUUGGCCAAAACCUGUCCGUCUCAACCACUUCAGUACUUAAAUUUUAAGUUCUAAAUCUUCAGUCUCUUUCUUGUUCCUAAUUUUUUUUGGACAGAAAAGAACAAAUUAUGAACAAGAAGGGGAUUAGAAUGAAAAAAAAAAGAAAUAGAGCAGAAAAGAUGGGGCUUUAAAGGACCAGAAUGAGUAAACUGAAGCAGCUAAAGAAGAAAAUAUAUAAAAAUUUAGAUCCAGAAAAUUAAACAACUUUAAAUUUGAAGAAACAAGUGGGUCAAGUAAAUAUAUUACCAACAUCGAAAUUCAUAAUAAAGUAACAAACUGAUUAAAAAAAAAAACAGGGAACAAUAGUUUAUGUCAGGUAGGUUGCAGGGAGCAAAGAAGGAAGCAAAAUAAUUUUUUUAAAAAAGAUAGAAAACACUGAAGCAAUAAGGACGAUUAAAUUUUACUUAGAAACUUUGAAAAUCAAGGAAAUGUCAAAAAAUUAAAAGUAGUAAAUACCAAAUAUUGUUUCAGAAGAAGUAUAGGGGAUUAUAUUGCUGAUAAAGGUAAAAAGUCUGGCACGGACUACCUCUCGCUCAUUUUUGAAAGAAAACUCUUUUUAUUCAUGCAGUUAGAUCUCACAUUCUAUUUUCAUUUAAUUUUUUUAUCAAUAUUAAAUAAUUGUGAUUUUAUAAAUUAGCACUCUGAUCAAAACGCUCUUGUCUUUAUUUAUUUUUUCUUCUUUUCUCGUUUUUGUAUUUGACCCUUUCUCCACUACAAACCAAAGAAAUAUAGUUACAAAAACAUUCAAAUUUCCGUAUGCAAAAUCCUAAUAAAUAAAUUGUACUUUUGCAAGGGUCGAAUGACAAAGAAGAUCCAUAUAUGUCAAUGGUAACACUUAUAAUAGGUUUUCGCCCACAGAUUAUGUUAGAGAAUAAAAUUAUCUCCUCUAUCUCCUUAUCUAGUGUGGUCUACGAGUGAGGUGCAACCUCGCUCCCGGGGCGAGGUUGAGUGAGGUGAUCACACUGAUUUUGGUAAAUAGCUAAUUUAUUUGACGCUCCACUGUAUUAUCCCUGGAUCAGCAACAGAGCUGCUUUCUAGGGCAGACAUAUUACCUUCAACACUCCCCUGCAUUAUUUUUGUUAGCUGAAAAUACAUAAUUGAUGGAUGAUAUUAUUUCUCUACUUUUUCUCUUCUUCAGCUUUUCUUGGCUCUUCCAAAUAUCAUCGUUACAGCUCGUCACCAGGUUCUUAAAAGACCUCAAGACGGUUUGGCCGUGUGGGUGGAAGACUCGCGCAAGGACAGCUUUAAGCUUUGUGCCAGAGAAACUAAGAUUUUUGAUGGAAUUCAUAAAAACAUUAAAGUGGUGAGUAAUAUUCCAGUUACUUGAUUUCUUCACCUACUUCUUGUUUUGUUAUUAAUGGUGUCUUUAAACGUGAUAGAACAAAUUUUAUAUUCUGUGAUCUUCGCAAUUUUAGAAACAACAAGUUAGAUUCACAUUAAAAAGGGUGGCACCAGUUGCAUCUUAAUUGAUAUUUAACCAUAUGAAAUUUGGGGUUUUAUCUGUAACGGGUCGUGAAUACAUUCCAGAUACCUAUGUUUCAUUGCACUGCUACUCCUUUUGUUAUGAAAGCCAAUGUCUUAAUUUCUAACCGAGUACUAAUUUUGAUUUUAGUAUCAUUUAACUUCAUAUCGUUACCUUUUUCCUGCAGGAUUGGAUGGCUUUUAUCAAAUUGAAGACUGACAAUUUCACCUUGACUAACAGUCUGGUGUUUACAAACAACAACUCACCAUCAAACAAAAAAGACAACAACGCUGUCUGUCAGGUAUAUGGUCAUGUUUAAUGGUGUUCAACUUUGACCACUCUUAUUUUCCCCUUUCCUCUGCUUUUAUGUGUCCUUCAAAUUAUGGAUUAACUAAUAUCAGGGGCAACCACCUAUGUUUUUCUCCUAAAUACAUUGAAAACUCUUUUUAGCCUCUACAGAGCACUUUUAGAUCUCUAGAAAUGCAUGCUAAGUGGCCCUAUAAAAUUUGUAUCUGUUCGUGCAUACUAGGGGAACUUGAGUCUUUUCGAAAUUGCAAGGGCUACAGUGUUCUUAUCCCGAGAAUUUUAGAUGCAAUUUAUUUGCGAAAGUGAAAGUUUUUCUAAUUCCUCUCUCCAUCACAUUUGUGAAUCCGAAAAGACAUGAAUAAUUGUAUCCUUUCAAAAGAAAAUCUCUUUUUCCACUUGUAUUUAGUUGGUAGGAGGACUGAAUCAGAAAAUGGAUGGUAACAUUUUAGAGUCUUUCUUGGAAAGAAUCUAUCUAUUUCAAAUGAUAUUUAAUAUCAUUUGUUUUGUCCUAUUUUCAGAAAGUCAACUUCCAGGAUGUCUUUUAUGCCCCUCCCGUUGUAUUGGUGUCUCCAAGACUUGGUUACAAUAACAACAAAUCACGUUUCUCAGGAUCCGAACAAUGCAAUGCAGUUACUGCCUGGGUUGAGGUUAGAAACAUAAAGUCUCCUUACUCUUCCUGUGGUUCUAAUGAAGGGAAUUUUUUUAAAAGUCAAUAACUUUUUCCUGAUUGAUCGUUGAUUGAUCGUUGCUCUUUCACUCACGUUAAAAACCUAGAUUUUUCCAACAACGUAUAGUCUACAGGGGUUGAUAUUACUAACUUUACUUUCUAAUUUUCAUAUAAAUAUGGUAGAUAUCGUUCAAUAUAAAAAUUUUUCUGCAGACUUGUCGGAUGAAAACUGACCUUUCAUAGUUUUGUACUCGUUUGGUUUUUUAAAAUGGAGGACUUAGAAAUUUUAGUAUCAUCGGUUCUUAACAAUUGCUAUAUGCGAAUUUUUACUCUACUUGCACUAACCCUAAUAUUUACCAUCAAUAAAUCGACAUCAAUAAAUCGACAAGUCAGUUAAAUUUGAAAACUUUAUUUUAUUACUUUUAGGUUUUACUAACAUACAAUGAGAACCUUUACUCUAGUGCAACAAAAUGUUAUAUUAUGUGGAAUGUGAACUUAAAGGUCAAAUGAACCAAAAAAAUUGAAAUGUUUUCUUUUGUCGCUUUACCUUCACCAAACACUAAAAAGAACCAUCCUAAGUGAGAUUUGGGUAAAGAUUUUUCUACCCAAGCCUUUAUAGAAAGAUAAAAGAUCAAAAUCCGAGCAUUUCCGAAGACGUCACGAAAACGUUUCUGAAAUGGCCGCGAGAUAGACUGGAGACUAUGACGUCAGUGUUGGUCUUUCAGGGCGGAAAAACGUUCUGCGCAAGCUUCCGCGCAUCCCUUAUCGCCUGCGUUUGUUUGUCUCGUUCUGUGAGAGUUCUGACUGAGACAGAAUGAAAUACACGAGGUGCGAACGUUUGCUCCUUGUAAAGGCUUUUUUGGGGGUUUUUGUUGUUGUUGUGGUUUUUUCGUCACUUGAAAAUUACUUUGGAUUCAGAACAACCAAUGUUAGAGUAAAAACAGAUCAUUCCGUCAGUCUGAGGAGGAAUAAAACGUUUUGAACAUUUCAAAAGAGGUUUGUAUUUUUCUAUAAUUGUGCAUUCGAUUUGUGAAUUGAUUUUGUGUCCAGUGCUUCGCCUUCUUUCCGGCAGGGCUGAAUUAAACUGACCCGCUUGUAUUCUGUUAUUAGUAGUUACGGUUAGUUUUUUUACAUGCCCAGAUUCAUUUACCUUAGCAGAACCAGCUUUAUCCUUGUCUUACGUCAAAGAACCGUAAUG